AUGGCUCCUUCAGCCAUCCCCAAUGGCACUGCCAACGGCGCACCAUCAAAUGGCACAUCCACAUCCACCAGCUCACUGAGAGCCGACGACAACAUCCAGCGGUUCGCUGCGCCUAGCAGGCCAAUGAGCCCACAACCACAACACACACUCUUCCACCCAAAGACAAGAUGUUUUGUCUACGGUCUUCAAGCGAGAGCCGUGCAGGGUAUGCUCGACUUCGACUUCAUCUGCAAGCGCAAGACACCUUCCGUGGCCGGCAUCAUCUACACAUUCGGUGGUCAAUUCGUCCAGAAGAUGUACUGGGGCACAAGCGAGACUCUCCUCCCUGUCUACCAAAACAGCGAGAAGGCCAUGGCCAAGCACCCCGACGUCGACUGCGUUGUCAACUUCGCCUCCUCCCGAUCCGUCUACCAGUCCACGAUGGAGCUCAUGGAGUACCCACAGAUCAAGUCCAUCGCCAUCAUUGCCGAGGGUGUGCCAGAGAGGCGUGCUCGUGAGAUCGCUCACGUCGCAAGGAAGAAGGGUGUCACCAUUAUUGGCCCAGCCACCGUCGGUGGCAUCAAGCCCGGUGCGUUCAAGAUCGGCAACACUGGUGGUAUGAUGGACAACAUUGUGGCUUCCAAGCUUUAUCGCAAGGGCUCCGUCGGCUAUGUCUCCAAGUCUGGUGGUAUGUCCAACGAGCUGAACAACAUCAUUGCCAACACGACCGACGGCGUGUACGAGGGCAUUGCCAUUGGCGGCGAUCGUUACCCUGGCACCACGUUCAUCGACCACAUGCUCCGAUAUCAGCAAGACCCUGAUUGCAAGAUUUUGGUCCUGCUCGGUGAGGUGGGUGGUGUUGAGGAGUACCGCGUGAUCGAGGCCGUCAAGAAGGGCGUAAUCACCAAGCCAGUAGUCGCCUGGGCCAUUGGUACCGUCGCCGGUUUGCUCAAGACUGAGGUUCAGUUCGGCCACGCUGGUUCAUUCGCCAACUCCCAGCUCGAGACUGCCAACAUGAAGAACUCCAGCAUGAAGGAGGCUGGCUUUUACGUCCCAGACACGUUCGAAGAUCUGCCAGCAGUUCUCAAGAAAGUCUACGAUGCCGAGGUCAACAAAGGCUCCAUUAGGCCUGCUGCUGAGCCAGCCGUUCCCAAGAUUCCCAUGGACUACAAUUGGGCUCAGGAGCUUGGCCUUAUCCGUAAACCAGCUGCUUUCAUCUCCACCAUCUCCGAUGAUCGUGGCCAGGAGCUUCUUUACGCCGGUAUUCCGAUCACUGAUGUCUUCAAAGAGGAGAUCGGUAUCGGCGGUGUCAUGUCCCUGCUUUGGUUCCGUCGCCGUCUCCCCAGCUACGCUGGCAAGUUCUUGGAGAUGGUGCUCAUGCUUACCGCUGAUCACGGUCCCGCCGUGUCUGGUGCGAUGAACACCAUCAUCACCACUCGUGCUGGCAAGGACUUGAUCUCCUCGCUCGUUGCUGGUCUCCUCACCAUCGGUUCCCGCUUCGGUGGUGCCCUGGAUGGCGCCGCUGAGGAGUUCACUCGUGCUUAUGACAAGGGUCUCAGCCCACGUGACUUCGUCGACACCAUGAGGAAGGAGAAUAAGCUCAUCCCUGGUAUCGGCCACCGCGUCAAGUCCCGCAACAACCCCGAUAUGCGUGUCACCCUCGUCACCGAAUACGUCCAGAACAACUUCCCCUCGCACAAGCUCCUCGACUACGCCUUGGCCGUCGAGACCGUCACAACAUCGAAGAAAGACAAUCUGAUCCUUAACGUCGACGGCUGUAUCGCCGUCUGCUUCGUCGACCUGCUCCGCAACAGCGGUGCUUUCUCUGCCGAGGAGGCGGAGCAGUACCUUGCUAACGGUGUCCUGAACGGUCUGUUCGUGCUUGGACGUUCGAUUGGUCUGAUUGCGCAUCAUCUGGAUCAGAAGAGGUUGAGGACGUCAUUGUACAGGCAUCCUUGGGAUGAUAUCACGUAUAUGCUUCCUGAGUUGGCUGGCAAGGGCGCACCGGGUAACGAGGGCCGCGUUGAGGUUGAUGUGAAAUAG